CCAUCGAACACUACAACACUCAACCAACCAAACAACCAACCAGCACUACUUCAUCAAUCAACAUGUCUGACUACAAGCCAACUGAGCACGAUGGUCUCCGCAAGGACGGCCAGCCAGACCAGCGUGUCGGCACCGGCCAAUUCGCCCAGGGAAAAAUCGACCCAGUCGAAGCUGGCAAGAAGGGUGGUAACACCUCUGGAAGCGGCUCCAGCGAUGACAGCGGGAGCAGCGGAGGUGACUACAAGCCAACUGAGAAUGACGGUCUCCGCAAGGACGGCCAGCCUGAUGGACGUGUCAAGCAAUAGUGGCGCAAUGCGAUCCUAAGCGCAGUAAGGCAGGAGCGGAUAUUCCCUCGACCUAGGCAGAACUGCU